UAGGAGUUACGUCACAUCCGGUAGGUCUGGUUUGAUACAAAUACGCAUUUGAAGUGCUCGUCACAUCUUAAUUUUUAUAACAUAUAAUAUAUGUUAUAAAAUAUAUAUAAUAUAUAUAACAUAACAUAUUAAUAGUUAAUCUUGGUCGAGUGACACUGUCACACUCGAUGGCAGCCUUCCCUUCCAGCUGUUUGCUGUUGUGACCGCUCCAAAGUUCACCAAUGCAGCGUCCCAGUUUGCUGGUCCGACAAUGAGCUGCGUGAGGACAGGAGGACAAGCUGAAGAAUGCUCAGGUUCAGACUUAAAUCAUGGAUGGCCUUGCUGGCUCUGGUCCUGCUUGUGCUCAUUGUAACGGUGGUCCUCAAGUUCCUCACCCCGGAGGUCACGGGCGAGAUAGGAGAGCCGUCUCUGGGCGAGAAGGACGCCGCCAAAGAGGUCGAGUUAGAGCCCAGCAAGGGGACCCAACCCGUCCGGGAGGACAAGGAACUAGGCAAGUUCCCGCCUCCCAACUACUACCUCCAUGCUUUUUACUACAUCUGGUACGGGAACCCCGCCACUGAUGGCAAGUACAUCCACUGGGACCACCCUCGGCUGCCCCACUGGGAUCCCAAGGUGGCUGAGAAGUAUCCACAAGGCAGACACAGCCCGCCUGACGACGUGGCGGCCAACUUCUACCCGGCUCUAGGGGCUUACAGUUCCAGGGACCCGGCUGUCAUUAAGGCGCACAUGAAGCAGCUUCGUACGGCUGCCAUAGGUGUCAUCGCCGUUUCCUGGUACCCCCCUCACACGAACGACGACAACGGAGAGCCAUUGGACGCCAUCAUGCCUCUGCUGCUGGAUGUGGCUCAUCAGUACCACAUCAAGGUGUCCUUUCAUAUUGAGCCUUACAAAGGAAGAGAUGAAGUCAACAUGUACGCAAACAUCAAAUACAUCAUUGAAAAGUACGGCGACCACCCGGCCUUCUUCAGGUACCGCACCAACACGGGGAAGCUGCUUCCGCUCUUCUACAUCUACGACUCGUACCUGAUGAACUCGGAGCAGUGGGCCAAGCUGCUCAAGCACACCGAGAGCGGCAGCAUCCGCGACACGCCCUACGACGCCAUCUUUGUCGCCCUGCUGGUGGAGGAGAAACACAAGCGGGAGGUGGCGACGGCCGGCUUCGACGGCGUCUACACCUACUUCGCCACCAACGGCUUCUCCUACGGCUCCACCCAGCGCAACUGGGCCGCCAUCAAAGCCUUCUGCGAGGACAACGAGCUGCUGUUCAUCCCCAGCGUGGGGCCGGGCUACGUGGACACCGGCGUGCGGCCGUGGAACUUCCAGAACACCAGGAACCGCGUCAACGGCAAGUACUACGAGACGUCCAUGAGCGCCGCGCUACAGGUAGAGCCCCAUUUCAUCUCUGUGACGUCGUUCAACGAGUGGCACGAGGGCACUCAGAUCGAGAUGGCCGUUCCCAAAAGGGGCAAGACCGUUUAUCAAGACUAUUUGCCGAACAAGCCCGACGCCUACUUGGAAAUCAGCCGCAAGUGGGCCGCCAUGUUUAAUGGCGAGCGCAGGAGAUGGCAGGAAUAAUCCCAACUGUCAACUUCAUGACUGCUACGUUUAGAGAUGUCUGAUAAUGGCUUUUUUGCCGAUAUUCCGUUAUUGUCCAACUCUUAAUUACCGAUUCCGAUAUCAACCUAUACCGUCGUGGAAUUAACACAUUAUUAUGCCUAAUUUUGUUGUGAUGCCCCGCUGGAUGCAUUAAACAAUGUAACUUUA